GUCCAAUUUAUACAAUGUUUUACUAUUUGAUUUAAAAUAUUAAUUAUGAGUUGAGAUAUGAUUUGUAGUUAUUAUAUAUAUGCCAUGUUCACAUAAAGCAUAGGCAUACUCACUUUAACACUGCAUAAAAAGAUAGAUAUAUUAAAGAUGAGUAACUUUGCAGAGAGAAAGCCACACGCUGUGUUGAUUCCAUAUCCAGCUCAAGGCCAUAUCAAUGCAUUGUUGAAACUAGCCAAGCUUCUUCACCUUAGAGGCUUUCACAUAACAUUUGUCAACACUGAAUACAACCACAAACGCUUGCUCAAAUCAAGGGGUCCAAAAGCCUUUGAUGGUUUGAUAGACUUUACCUUUGAGACCAUACCAGAUGGUUUAACUCCUAUGGAUGGUGAUGGUGAUGUUACUCAAGACGUGCGCUCUCUUUGCCAAUCAAUCUUGAACAACUUCCACCAAUUCUUUGAUGAACUUCUUGCUAAACUUCAUGAGUCUGCCACUUCUGGUCAUAUCCCUCCAGUUACUUGUUUAGUUUCUGAUAGUUUCAUGCCAUUUACAGUAGAUUCUGCUGAAGAACAUGCACUUCCAAUUGUUCUCUUUUCUCCAUGUAGUGCAUGUUUCUUAUUGUCUAAUUAUCACGUUCCAAAAUUGUUUCAAAACGGUGUUCUACCACUCAAAGAUGAGAGUUAUCUAAUCAAUGGAUAUUUAGACACUAUAGUUGACUGGAUUCCAGGUUUGAAAAACUUUAGAGUUAAGGACCUUCCUACUUCGAUUCAGCUAAGAAAUCCAAAUGACUUGUUGAUAAAAUUUACAGUUGAAAUGACAGGUAGAUAUCAGAGAGCUUCUGCUAUUAUUUUCAAUACUUCUGAUGAACUUGAGAGAGAUAUUAUGAAUGCUCUUAGUUCUAUAUUACCUUCUCUAUAUACCAUUGGUCCAUUGGCUUCAUUUUUAAAUCAAAGUCCACAAAAUCGUUUGAUAUUUCUAGAAUCUAAUCUUUGGGAAGAAGAUACUAAUUGCCUUGAAUGGCUUGAAUUAAAAGAUCAUGAAUCUGUUGUUUAUGUAAAUUUUGGAAGCGUCACAGUUAUGACUGAAGAGAAGCUGUUGGAGUUUGCUUGGGGUUUGGCUAAUAGUAAGAAACCUUUUUUGUGGAUUAUUACGCCUGAUCUUGUCAUUGGCGGCACAGUGGUUUUGUCAUCUGAGUUUGUGAAUGAAAUUUCAGAUAGAGGCCUAAUAGCAAGUUGGUGUCCACAAGAGAAAGUGUUGAACCAUCCUUCAGUUGGUGGAUUCUUGACUCAUUGCGGAUGGAACUCAACCACUGAAAGUGUUUGUGCUGGAGUGCCAAUGUUGUGUUGGCCAUUUUUAACUGAUCAACCACCAAACAGUAGGCUUAUUUGCAAUGAAUGGGAGAUUGGAAUUGAAAUUGUUACCAAUGUAAAGAGAGAAGAGGUUGAGAAAUUAGUGAAUGAAUUGAUGGUGGGAGAGAAAGGAAAGGAGAUGAGGAAAAGGGCAAUGGAGUUGAAGAAGAAGGUAGAGGAAGAGACAAGACCUGGUGGUAGUUCAUACAUAAACUUGGACCAAGUGAUUAAGGAGAUCUUGCUUAAAAAUUAUUAGAUUAAGUUCUAUUUUCUAAAUUGGAAACUUUGUAUUUUUCUCAUUUAUUUUUAUAAAGUUAUCCUCUGUUAAACUUUCUAAAUUAUUGUUUGAGAGUUUAAGAAAAGAUGAGAGAACUUUAGCAGAGGAGAGGGGAAGAAUCAAAAGAAAGUGGAAAGAAUGAGGAACCUAAAUGUGGGAACCGCAAUAAAACCUUUCUGCCCAAUUUUGGAAAGCUCAAUGAUAAAUGUAAUUUUUCAUCAUUUCCAUCAAUGCCUUUAUAAAUUCUUAAAAAUAAAGUACAUGUCACAUCCGCUGUGAGAAUGUUAUUAAAUUCUUGAGGAGAGGAUGGGUGACUCAGGAAAUCAACGUUUGCAGAGGUUGCUAGCUUUGACUUAAAAUCAACACUUCAAUUAUCUUUUUUGAGUGUGUGAAUGACUCUACACAUAGUAUAUUUUAAAAUGAUAUUUUUAAUAUUUUGAAUCAACAUCACAUGUUAUGAUACUUAUUCAAAGGGUUCUCAAUGAGUUAGGCAUAUAUAGAGGGAUGAACCACAAGAAAUGCCCAUUUCGUUGACUAGUGAAAGACCUUGGUAAAUGACCCCAAAUUAUGUGUGGAGGAUAUUUGAAGACUUGGGUAUGAAUCUAGAGAACCCACAUUUCCAAGUCU